AACAAAAUCUCAGCUCUAAACAAACCCCAAUUCGAACUCUGCGCUCCUAGUUCUCGGAAUCGAUCCCUAACUUAAACGGAAUGGCAUCUCUGGACACUGACGUCACAAUGGUUCCGGCCGGCGAGGGUUCCAGCGGCGCUACUCCGUCGUCUUCAACGAAGAAAGGAAAGAAAUUCGAGAUCAAAAAGUGGAAUGCCGUUUCCCUCUGGGCUUGGGAUAUUGUGGUGGAUAACUGUGCUAUUUGUAGGAACCAUAUCAUGGAUCUCUGUAUCGAGUGCCAAGCUAAUCAAGCUAGUGCCACAAGUGAGGAAUGCACAGUUGCUUGGGGGGUUUGUAACCAUGCCUUCCACUUCCAUUGCAUUAGCCGAUGGCUCAAGACUCGUCAAGUCUGCCCCUUGGACAACAGCGAGUGGGAGUUCCAGAAGUACGGGCACUAGAGGCAUCCUUUGCCAAAUCGAGCUAUGGGGCGUGGUGGGUUUCUGGCUUUCUGCUGCUGUGACAAGAACAGAAAAUUCCUCAUAUCACCCCAUUUACUGUAUUCCUUACAGUUUCCUUUUGCAAAUUGUACAAUCAAGAACGGCUAUAAGUGUUUAAGAAGUCUUAUGGUGAUAAUGGGAAUGUUCUUUUAUUGCUAGGCAAGUGAAUUCAUGAGGUGAAUAGGGUUUACUUUUUGAGCAAAAUUCAUGGCAGGCAAGUGAAUUCAUGAGGUGAAUAGGGUUUACUUUUUGAGCAAAAUUCAUGGUACGUCAAUAUGCUUGGCAUAAAAUGUCGUCAAAUUUCCUCAUGUGCAGACAUUAUUAAAAUCAUUGAAGUUGUUCAAGAGUUAA